AGAUAAUAUUGGCACACAACAAUAUAGAAAUUACCAAUUUACUAGAAUCAUAUUGACCGUAAUUAUUUGAAAAAACAAAUAAAAUAUAAAUAAAUCAGAUUUAGCUCUCCUCCGCUAUAAACACUCACAGGAAGGAGAUAAGUUUUAUUGAUCGUCUUCCCUAAACAACUGAUUAUUUUUUUCUUUACUCUCUCCGAAGCCGCCAUGUCUCUGCUCUCAGAUCUCGUCAACCUCAGCCUCUCCGACUCCACCGAGAAAAUCAUCGCCGAAUACAUAUGGAUCGGUGGAUCUGGAAUGGACAUAAGGAGCAAAGCCAGGACACUCCCAGGACCAGUAAGCGAUCCAUCAAAGCUUCCCAAGUGGAACUACGACGGAUCCAGCACCGGUCAAGCCGCCGGAGAUGACAGUGAAGUCAUUCUAUACCCUCAAGCAAUAUUCCGUGAUCCGUUCAGGAGAGGCAACAACAUUCUGGUGAUGUGUGAUGCUUACACACCGGCCGGAGAUCCAAUUCCGACGAACAAGAGGCACAACGCUGCUAAGAUCUUCAGCCAUCCCAACGUUGCCUCUGAGGAGCCUUGGUAUGGGAUUGAGCAAGAGUACACAUUGAUGCAAAAGGAUGUGAACUGGCCAAUUGGUUGGCCUGUUGGUGGCUUCCCUGGCCCUCAGGGACCAUACUACUGUGGUGUGGGAGCAGACAAAGCCAUUGGUCGUGACAUUGUGGAUGCACACUACAAGGCCUGUAUUUACGCCGGUAUCGGCAUCUCCGGUGUUAACGGAGAAGUCAUGCCUGGCCAGUGGGAGUUCCAGGUCGGUCCUGUCGAGGGUAUUAGUGCUGGUGAUCAAGUCUGGGUCGCUCGAUACCUUCUCGAGAGGAUCACCGAGAUCUCUGGUGUAAUGGUCAGCUUCGACCCAAAACCAGUCCCGGGUGAUUGGAACGGAGCUGGAGCUCACUGCAACUACAGUACGAAGACGAUGAGGAACGAUGGAGGAUUAGCAGUGAUAAAGAAAGCAAUAGAGAAGCUUCAGCUGAAACACAAGGAGCACAUUGCUGCAUACGGUGAAGGCAACGAGCGUCGUCUCACGGGGAAGCACGAAACCGCAGACAUCAACACCUUCUCUUGGGGAGUCGCGAACCGUGGAGCUUCGGUUCGAGUGGGACGAGACACUGAGAAAGAAGGCAAAGGUUACUUCGAGGACCGAAGGCCAGCUUCUAACAUGGACCCUUAUGUCGUCACCUCCAUGAUCGCCGAAACCACCAUCCUCGGCUGAUUAAACCAUAUUUACUAUUUUCGAUUUCUCCGGUUUGGCCUUUCGUGCUUGUGAUUGCACUAUUUCGAUUUAAAUAAUUCUUCUUAUGACCUUAAGAGUAUGACAUUAUGUGUUUUCAUUUCAGAAUAAUUAAAUCAAAAAGAUUCUUAGUUUCGUAUGGUCUAAAAAUGGUAUUAGUGAUUUUCUUGUUUUGAUAUAAUUAACAAGAAAGUACGGCCCCGGUGCGUCGGAGGUUGAACAUGUCGGGG